AUGUCUACUUUUUACAUAGCUGUAAUAGAAAGGAAACAAAUAAGACAGCAUCCAGAAUUCUCUUCCAUGAUCUGCUUUUCUACUCCCCCCAAGAAGAAUAUCAAAGCCAAAGCAGCAGCAACAAGCAUGAGUGUGAAGGUCAUGGCUACAGUCCUGGCUGUGAUAUUAUGUGCUGCAAUUGUUCAAGGCUUCCCUAUGUUCAAAGGGGGACGGUGUCUUUGCAUAGGCCCUGGAGUAAAAGCAGUGAAAGUGGCAGAUAUUGAGAAAGUCUCUAUAAUUUACCCAACUAAUAACUGUGACAAAACAGAAGUGAUUAUCACCCUGAAAACAAAUAAAGGACAAAGAUGCCUAAAUCCCAAGUCAAAGCAAGCAAAAGCUAUUAUCAAGAAAAUUCAAAGAAAGAAUUCUUAA